AUGGAGUGCAAUAUAGAUGAAGCUACGAGGGCCAAACCAAUUGCAGAAAAGAAGUUUGCUGAUAAAGAUUACACAGGUGCCAAGAAAUUCACUUUAAAAGCUCAAACCCUAAAUCCAUUACUUGAUGGUAUAUCUCAUAUGUUAAUCACUCUUGAUGUCUACAUCUCCUCUGAGAACAAAAUAAAUGGAGAGUCAGAUUGGUACAAGGUUCUUGAUGUAAAGCCAUCUGAUGAUGAUGAAACAAUCAAGAAACAAUACAGGAAACUUGUCCUCAUACUCCAUCCUGAUAAAAACAAAUCAGUAGGUGCAGAUGGUGCAUUUAAGAUAGUUUCAGAAGCAUGGAGUUUGUUGUCUGAUAAGGCUAAAAGAUCAGCAUAUAACCAAAGAAGGAAUUCAUCACAAGCUUCUGGUGUCAAUGGAGUUCAUAUUCGUGUAAACAGAACAACAACAAGAAGAACAACAAGACCGAAAAAUCAGAAUUAUAGGGGUUUUGUUUCUACUUCUAAAUUAGAUAGUUUUUGGACUAUUUGCCAUGGAUGCAAGAUGCAUUAUGAGUAUCUAAAGGUGUUUGUGAAUCAUACACUUAUUUGUCCCAAUUGUCGCAAGCCUUUUCAUGCUGUGGAAAUGGCAACACCAAUGAAUAUUCCGAUACCAGGGUACCAAUAUGCUUAUCAAUGGAAUCAGAAUUCCAGUGAUCAUGGAAUGUGUAAUUCCGGGAGAAGAAUGGGGGCAUCAGGCAUCCACUGGGGCUCUUCAUCAGGAAUGAAGGUGCCUGAUGACAUGUUGAGAAGAGAAGGUGGAGUUUGUUAUGUUCAGCCACCUUUGAAAAGGAGAAAAGUGGAGUUACGUGAUUCCGAAGGAUCAGAGGCAUAUCCAAGGGCCGAUCUAGGGUUCGUAAAGCGGACAUACGCCAUCGUUAUAAAUCUGAUCUUGGAGAUGAUCAUAUCCUGGGUUCACAAUUAA